UAUAUAUAUAUAUAUAUAUAUAUAUAUAUAUAUAUUAAAUGAAUCGUGUUUCUUCCACAUUUCCUGAUUCCCAUUCUUCAUUCUGAGGGAAAGAGAGACCUCAGACACCCUCCGCUUCCACACCAUGAGUCUCUUCGGCCUCGGUAGCAGAAACCAGAAGACAUUUCGGCCUAAGAAGAAUGCUCCCUCUGGAAGCAAGGGUGCUCAACUUCAAAAACACAUUGAUGCUACCUUGGGUAGUGGGAACCUAAGAGAAGCGGUGCGACUGCCUCCUGGAGAAGAUAUCAAUGAGUGGCUGGCCGUUAAUACUGUGGACUUCUUCAAUCAAGUGAACAUUUUAUAUGGAACACUUACUGAGUUCUGCACAGCAUCAAACUGUCCAACAAUGACUGCAGGACCAAAAUAUGAGUACAGAUGGGCUGAUGGAGUUACCAUUAAGAAGCCAAUCGAGGUGUCUGCUCCAAAAUAUGUUGAAUAUCUGAUGGACUGGAUUGAAUCUCAGCUAGAUGAUGAGCUGAUUUUCCCUCAAAAAUUGGGGGCACCUUUUCCACCAAAUUUCCGAGAUGUUGUCAAGACAAUCUUUAAGCGGUUGUUCCGUGUAUAUGCUCACAUCUAUCAUGAGCACUUUCAGAAGAUUGUGAGCUUGAAGGAAGAAGCUCAUCUAAACACUUGCUUUAAGCAUUUUGUUCUCUUUACAUGGGAAUUCCGCUUGAUUGAUAAAGGGGAGCUUGCACCUCUACAAGAACUUGUUGAGUCUAUUCUGCAGUUAUAGUGUCCUGUGAAUCUCUUUCUUAAAAGAUUUUAGAUUUUAAUUAAUUAGCAUGAAUGUUUUGGCUACACAUUUUUGUGAGCUUCCAAUUGUUCAUGCCCUUGGUUGAUUUUUUUUUUUUUAAUAUAAAAGAAAUGACUUGAUAAGCUUAUAAAAUGAAAACAGAUUUUGGAUUCCAACUAUAAUGGAUUUGUGCCAGUUCAAUGUUCCAA